UGGAGCUCCACGGGGUUACAAAACGAGUGUGCUUCAACGAGACUAGUCGCACAAGUGACAUGACAAACAUCUUUGGCAGAUUAGAACACAAAUCAAAGAAAUCUCGAGAGAUGUCGGUUUAUUGAACAGGGCGCACUUGUUUAUCAUUUUGACGAGAGGAGGAGAUACAUAGAAGAGAGGAAGACUGACCAGACAAGAUGCCCGCGCCCCCGCCCCCCCCCCCCCCACCCCCGCCCACCUUCGCUGUGGCCAACACAGAAAAGCCCAGUCUGAACCGAGGGGAAGCACAAACGAGGAAUGCCCUCCUCUCGGACAUCUCCAAAGGCGCUCGACUGAAGAAGGCCGUCACCAACGACCGCAGUGGACCCUUACUGGACACUAAGCCUAAAGGAGGAGGCGGAGGAGGAGGCGGUGGUGGAGGAGGAGGAGGAGGCGGUGGAGGAGGAGGAGGAGGCGGUGGUGGAGGAGGAGGGGGGUUUGGAGGAGGUGCAUCCGGGGGUCUUGGAGGCCUCUUCCAGGGUGGGAUGCCCAAGCUAAGGUCGGCAGGAACCAGAGACGCCAACGAUUCCGGAGGUAGCAGACCCCCCAUGCUUCCCCCAGGAGCGCGCUCCUCUGGGCCGCGGGCCGCUGGAGGGGGAGGAGGGGGGUCAGCCGCCCCCCCCAGAUUCCCUGGGGCCCCACCUGGUCCCCGGAGCAGCGCCCCCGACCCCCCCAGAGGCCGAUCGGCCCCAUCCUCCCGGCCCGACACCCCUGGCGGGCCCCCCCCUCCCGUCCCCAACACCCCCCGACCCAACCAGAGCCUCCCUGGCAGAGGCGCCCCCCCUCCACUCCCCGGGGCCCUCCGGCCCACCAGCUCCAGUCCGGCCCCUCCUCCCCCCAGCCUCCCUCCAGGCCGACAUGGAGGCUUCCCCCCUCCUCCGCUGGGGGCUCCGUCUGGGCCCAAGCCCUCCUUCCCUGCCCCUCCUUCGGUCCCCAGCAGCGGACGCCCCCCCCUCCCCCCCCGCCCCCGGCAGGCCCUCGAUGACCGGCCCCCACCCCCACCAGGCCCCCAAGGGGGCCACAGACCCUCCAUACCCCGCGAUGGAUUCCCUCCUCCGCCGUCCCCUGUCUCCUGUCGCCCCCCUGGUGGUGGCCCUCCCCCCCUCCCCCCUGGCAGACCGGGCCCCCCCCUGCCCCCCUCCCCAGCUGGGGGAGAGGACCACACCCCCAGACUCCCCCAGAGGAACAUGUCACUCAACUCCCAUGGCCCCACCCUCCCUCCGGGUCGAUCCGGGCCCCUGCCCCCACCCCCAAGCGGGGGACCACCAGCGAGGAACCAAACAGGCCGCUCUGGCCCACUUCCCCCUCCUCCCCCUUCGGGAGGUCGUAGCGGGAGCAACGUGAGGUCUCCGGCAAUCCCCACCCCCCCUCCUGGCCGACCGGGUGGAGACCCCCCCCGCGGGGGGCCCAGGCCCCCCCUUCCCCCUGACAGGUCCGUCUCUGGUGGGCUGCCCCCGCCCCCAAUGGGCAACGGAUUCCAGAGCUCCCACCAUUCCAAAGAUGACUGGGAGGCCCGCUUCAGCUUCCACGCCCUGUCUGAGCUGCCCCCGCCUGAGGCCUACGUACCCAGCCAGAAGACCUACCCCAGCAAGCUGGCCAAGGCCGACAGCCGAGGCUCGGGUAAAAAGGAUCGUGGUGCCCCUCCCUUGCCUCCCAUCCCGAGGUGAAGAUGGAUCCCAUCAAGGGGGUCGGAGAGUCCCUCCUCCCUCGAUUACUGCACGGGAUUGCCUUCCCCUCCCCCUCCCUUCCCUGCUCACCUCGACUGGAUGUGUCUCUCUUUCUCUUUCCAACCACCUCCCCCUCUCGCCACACUCCUUCUCUCUCACUACUCUCUCUCUCCCCCUCUCUCUCUCUCUCUCUCUCUCUCUCUCUCUCUCUCUCUCUCUCUCGUGUGGAUCACAUGUCCAGGUUAUCUGAUGUCUGAGUGUAGUGUCUCAUUCACUGUUAGCGCCAGUACCACCAACACCACACCACACCACCAACACCAUAUCGCCAACACAACACCACUCCACCCAGCACACCACCUCACCACCAACACCACCACCGCAGCUCUCCAGCUACAACGCCAGCUUUGUUCCCCUGUUCAUUAGCUCUCUGUAACCACAGUUUCAGAAUUGUUCCAUGUUUGAAGGAAAACGCUAGGGGAUCGUUAACAUGCACGCGUGUUUAGCUCCUAGUCUCAGUCAAACUAUGGCGCUUACUAUCAAAGGGUACUUGAUCAUAGCCAUUAGAGAUGCUCCUUAGUUCUAGAACCGGACUAGAAUAGAUCUAGAACCGGCCAUGGGUAUGACGGCUAUCGGUCGGGCGGCGAUGCAAUCGAGUUCGACGCUCAAGUACAGAGUCUGCUAGUAGUGUGCGUGAUCUCGAUGGUGUUGAACAGCUGUUUUACAAGAUCCUCUUAUUGACAAUGCAGUAUUACAGCGUGCUUGGUGCCUUGCUUUGCUGACGAAUCUUUAUGUUUUACGCCUCUGCUGCCUACCUGAUGCCACUUAGGGAGCCCCUUAAUGAAGAGUGGUGUCGAGGUCCGAGUGCCACAAAGAAAUCGACCUGUUAAUGUCAAGCAUGAGUGCGAUGAGAUGAACAUGCUGCAAUGUUGGUUGAGAGAAUGACAAUGUUUCUCAGUUUCCUCGAGAGCAAGGGGAGAGGUUAGCAGGAAAUAUGAUGUCUAGGCUGUCACACCAAAGAUGCAGCUUUGACCGCUAUUGGACCAAAGACUGUCGGACCAAGGACAUAGCCUGGACGUCAUGAUGGGCUAAAGACUAUUGUACAAUCAGAUGCUCUUGACCAAAGUUCGGACUCAUUUAUGCAGCGCCUUGCUCGACUCUGUGGCUUAUUGUCUUACAUCCAAACCAAGGCCCCCUGAAGUCUGUCUGCCCACUUUUUGGGGACCAUUUCUACAGUCUCCGACAAGACACGCUGACGUUUGUCUUCCCUGGUGACGGUAACCAUGGUACUUCAAAGUGUUUGUCUCCUCAUUGCACUUUGGGCGUCAGGGGAGCCCUCUCCGUCUGUGGCCAUAUCUGUUCUAGAUUGUUCUAUAGCCUGUGUCUCGAAUGUUCUAUUUUAUGUCAUAGAAUUUUAUUUUGUGUUUCCCAUGAUGCUGAUCAUUGUAGAGAAAAAAAAAAUACAGUCGUUUUUUUACAAGUCACUCUUUUUUCAAAUUAAAAUAAUAAAGAUGGAAUUGAGACUCAAAGGUCUGACUGGUAUGUU